CAGAAACAAACAGCUUUGAUGUCAGUCGCAGUUCACGACUCCGCUACUGUUCAUCAAGAGUUCCAUCGCUUUAAUUUUCUAAUUGCUACCAAAAAUUUACUUAAAACACUAUGCUAGUGCUGUGAUUAUCGGCUCAAACAAACGCGGACGAAGCCAAUCAUGUUGACCUCGAAGAUAAGCAAGGUCGGCAAGGUGGUCAUUUGCGGGGCCAAAGGCGUCGGCAAGACAUCAAUUUUGGAGCAACUUAUUUACGGAAACGUUACCCUCGACACGGAGAUCCACAGCACAAUUGAAGACACUUACGUGGCCAGUGUGGAUACGGGCAAGGGAAGUCGGGAUACUUUGAGGAUCUACGACACGGCGGGGCUGCAGGGCAGUGUCCAGUUACCGCGGCACUAUCUCAGCUAUCCGGAUGCGUUCAUCUUGGUGUAUGAUCCUAGCGAUCCAGCCAGCUUGGACAUGCUCGGAGGGAUCAAGGCAGACAUUGACAAGUUCAAGGACAAGAAGGAGAUCUUCGUCAUUGUGAUAGCAAACAUGCGCUCCCGCCAGUCGUCCCGUUCGGUCAAUUCAUCCCCGCUGAGUUCGCCCCAAAUCCAGCAGCAGCAAACGGACGCAAUAGAAUCGAACCUUACCCGGGCCAACAAUUGGUGCGCCCGAGAGCGCAUCAAACACUACACCGUCAACGCGAUGGAACGCGCUUCGCUGUACGAGCCGUUCGUCCAGCUGGCCAGCCGGCUGUAUCCACCGCAGACGAAGAGUAGCUUCCCGCAGCUGCGUCAACUCACGCAGAAAACAUCCAAAGUGGACAAUAGCUAGGUCCCGCCGAUCUCCCGCAGGGUACCAAAAAUGUUGCGUUUAUUUUGAACUUUUAUCCUCUUACGCUUUUUGAAAAACGGUGUAUUUAAGAUGAACGAAGCAAUUCGCAUUUCGUUCAGUGAUCAAUUAAGCUGCAAUUUAUCCUGUAUUCUAAUAUUUUUAUUUUAAGUAAAAACUCUUAGACUGCACCACCUUACUGAUAGGAGAGAGAGACCAAGUUCCAAAGUGCACCACCCUCAAUUAUCUACCUUUUGUGUAGUAGGUACUUAAUAGUAUAAGUAUAAUCAACAUAUGUUCUCAAACGUAUUUAAAGUGCACCCUUCCUCUCGCGCCUAGUUUUUGUUUUAGUUCGUAGAAGCACAACCUGGUAGUCAUCGAAUAAGAAAACGUAAAAAAACGAAAACGUGUAUCUCCUCUGUAAACGUGUACUUAAAGUUAGUGGCGAAUCCAAAAAAGUUAAAGCAAGCAAACACAUCAGUAUAUGAAAUAUAUAUCCAUCGUUUAUUUUUUAAGUAAAA